GAUGCGCUUGUCGUGGGUAAUGCACGACGCUUGAGACGACCAUGGAAGACCACGGCUGACCUGCUGGGUAUACCUUCCCCGGAUCCUGCACUGCGCAGCCAGAUCCUGCUCCUCCGCGUUCCCCAGAUUCUGCACACCGGGCCACUGUGACGACCGGGUGCUUCGCUGCAGCUGCAUUCAUGACGCCCGGACGCGAUUCUUUGUGUAGAUAUCCAGCAGAGAAGGGUCCGACGAGUCUUGUAUAGACACCACGCACAGAGAGCACACCCACCGAACACGUCGCCAUGAUCGACCACGUCCUGGGCCGGCCGUCGGUGCAGUUCCGCAAGAUCCAGGUGCUGGCCGUGGUGUCGUUCUGGUCCUUCUACCUCUACAGAGGUGACCGCCACGGCCCGCCGCUGCUCCGGCGGCUCUCGUCGCUGCUCUCGGCCAAGCUCACCGUGUGGCAGUCGGUGCUCGUCACGCUGCUGUACCUAUAUGUCGCCCGCAACUUCGGCAAGCUGGUGGGCCUCGAGUGCCCGGAGCCCCUGGCGUCGCUGUACUCGCGCUCAUACUUCCGCGCCACAUGGGUGACGACGGCGCUCGACGCCGGCUUUUGGUCGGCCAUGAAGAUCCGCCGCAAGGGCCUGCGUGACGUGCUGUCCAUCAUCUUCAGCCUCUACUACAUGGUGUGCGCCGAGCAGGCCGACGAGAAGGUGCGCAAGAUCCGCGCCACGCUGACCGUCGACCACCUGCGCGUUUCGUGGAACAAGGGCACCACGCCGUACCUGGCUGCGCUGACCAACCUGAUGCGCCCGCGUCUGAUGUGGUACCCGCCGCGCAAGAUCCGCAUACCGCGCCCGAAGGGCAGCAGCUAUACAGAGCCGGUCGUGGCCUGGCUGUACUUCAAUGGCCCCAUCAGCGCGCUGAAGAAGCACGACAAGAUCGUGCUGGACGUGCCUGGCGGCGGCUUUGUGGCCAUGGACCCCCGUAACCACGACGACAAGCUGAUGGGCUGGGCUGGCAAGACGGGGCUGCCGGUGCUGAGCCUGGACUACCGCAAGGCCCCUGAAUGGCCGUACCCGUAUGCGCUGAACGAGUGCUAUGAUGUAUAUCACACACUGGUCGCCACGCGCGGCCGCUGCAUGGGACUGUCAGGCGAGCUGGAGCCAAAGAUCGUUGUGUCUGGAGACUCGGCCGGCGGCAACCUGGCCGUAGCCAUGGUGCUCAUGGUUCUGCAGAGUGGCUCGACCGAGACACGGCGCUGGCAGGGCGAGCGUGCACUGCCGCCGCCGGUCGCGUGCGUGCUGAUAUACCCAGCACUCGACAUGAACAUCGGCAACUGGAUGACGGACGAGCAGAUGGCCCUCAUCCGUGACCGCAGAGUGCGCAAGACGAAUAGGCCUAUCCUGCGACACAAAAGCGAGGACUACCGCCAGCUCGCGCCCAAUACGCCCUACGGCUCUGACGACUCUGGCAGCGACGACGAGAGACCGAGCCGUGACACCAACAGGCCGAUGACCGAGCGCGUUCUCACCUCCCCACAAACUAUGAUCAAGCUCAACACAAACCUCACCAACGGCCAUACCGUUGCAACCCCCGACCAGAUGUCCCCGGUAGCAACUCGCGCCCCAGAAACACCCAUACAGCCAGCCGCCACUGACCCGCCGCCCGUGACAGCCAUCAAAACCCGCCUUGCCACGUCUUCGAUGAUCUCCUACUUCAACGACCGUAUCCUCACGCCAGAAAUGAUGCGUGCCAUGAUCAUCCUCUACAUCGGGCCCCAUCACCGCCCCGACUUCAGCACCGACUUCCUGCUCUCCCCCUGCCUAGCCCCCGACUCGCUCCUCGCCAAAUUUCCACGCACCUGGAUGCUAACUGGCGAACGCGACCCCCUCGUCGACGACACCGUAAUCUUCGCCGGCCGCCUCCGCCACGCAAAACGCGCCGAAUUCACCACGGGCAAGGAACUCGGCCUGGACUGGGCGCGCGGCACCUUCCGCGAAGAAGACUGGGUCAACGUCGACCUCGUCCCGGGCAUCUCGCACGGCUUCCUGCAGUUCGUCGGCGUCUUCCCAGACGGCUGGAAGUACAUCUUCCGCUGCGCGACGUGGAUCGACGACGCGUUCGCCGCCGCCGAGGGCCGCUUCCCGGACAGCGCCGCCCCCAGCGCGCCCGUGACGCCGUGGUUCCGCGCCCCGCGCGACGACUACUUCGGCGGCACGCCCGGGCUCGCGGCCGCCGUCGACGGCCUGCGCAGUCCCACCGCCCGCCGCCACCACUACCGCUCCGGCACCGCGUCGUCCGCCGACGACGACCGGCCCCUCGAAAUGAGCGUGCUGCCCAAGAACGCGCCCAAGUCCUCGCCCGCGAAAGAUGCCGGCAAGGUGCCGCUCACGCCGCCGCAGGAACGUCCUGCGUCGAAGGCGGUCGGGUCCGCGGAGCGCACGGCGCGCGGGAGGGGAAGGGUCAGGAAGAGCGAUCGCGGGCGCAGGAAGUCGCUGGUUAGUCUGGCGAGUGAGGAUGAUUUGCUCGGGAGGCGGAUGAAGGGGCUUACGGGGGGGUUGGGGGGGUUGGCUGGGGUUGGGUUGGAUGGGUGA